AUGGGUCUAAAGUUGAAGGAUUUCAAUCCAUUUCCAAAGCUUCAAGAGGAAGUGGGCCCAAAUAAGUUAGCUUUAGUCCUAAGUAUCGAUGUCCCAACUGUUCUAGUCAAUUGGAUCGAGAAAGAUGGUUUCAAAGGUUUUGCCAUGAGGUUCUUGGAAGAAUUAGCUCUGAAAUUCAAGAAAGAAGGAAAUUGGAAGGCAUUCUAUGUUGUGUUUGCUCUAUUGAUCCAUGGGAUUGUGCUCUUCCGAAACAUUGAAAAAUGUAUGGAUCAUGUAGCCAUAGAAGUCUUUCUCUCUGGCAAUUCUUUCAUGCAACAUAUGUCUGAAAAAGGCCUUUUUGUAGCAAAAGAGCUUAAAUAUCCUCAAAGACUAGCUUCUCUCACCGCAAGUUCCAUCACAUGGUAUGUCAAAGAAUGGGAAACCCCAUAUAUCAUUGUUAGCUGUGAGGAAUUUCCUAAUGUGCCACUGUUGGGAACUAAGGGUUAUAUCAAUUACAACCCUAUGUUAUCUCGGAUGCAACACGACUACUCCAUGGAUGAUCCUCCUGAAGCCAAAGACUUACAGCCAUUUAUUGUUAGAAAGAGUAAAGAAUUCGGAAAAAGGAACCCUCUUGUCAAAGAACCUUACACUCGAUGGGUGAAAGAGAGAGUUGAGGUAAUCCAUUUUCCAUUCAUCUUUCAUGCUUCAGCUUUCCCUAAGGUUCCUGAUCCAAAACCUAUACUUCCCAAGGACAUGGAGAAACUCAAUGCUAAGACCAAAAAGGAAGAGCUUAAGAAAGCUGAAUAUAGAAUUCGGGAGUUAGGAAGGAUGCUAGAUAAGUCUCUUGUAGAAAAGAAGGAAAUUAAGCUCGACUUUGAAUCCCAGGUCCGUGAACUUAAGGACAUUCUCAAGAAGUGCAAAGAUAAGUUGUCUCGUGAGAUCCUUCAGAAAGAAGAAGCUGAGAGAAACUAUCUCCACCUCGAAUACCAGUUGGAAGAAACUAAUAGGAGGUUUACAGUUUUGGAGAGCCAAGAAGGUGAUGCAACCUACUUGCUCUUAAAGAAUGACUGUGUGUAUUUGAUGAGGCUGUAUAGAGAGGAUAGGAUGGCCCUAAGUGAAGAUCAGCGCAUCAUCAUGAAACUCCAAGACCUCUAUGUUGAAUGGAAAGUUCCUCAACUUGGAUAUAUUUGCUAA